UAUCGUGUUUAAAGUUAUAAAUCCACAACCAAAACAAUAAUGGCUUGGCAUCAGACAACCGAAAGGUAAAAUAACUUUUACUAUACUUCUUUUAGAUAUAAUGACCAGACAACAAAGAUGUGCAACCAAGAAAUAAUGAUCCUUUUUGGUAAUGGGUCACUUUUUUCUUCUCGCAAGUUAGGCGAUAUAUCUAUAUCCGCACAUGUCAACUCGGAGACUUCGCUACAGGAGCGCGCAAAAAAGUUCUAAAAAUUAUAAACUAUGUGGGGUAAUUUGUGCAACUUCAGAUCUUGGCCCGACCAAAACAGGGUUUUAGAUUCUGCUUUUCUAGUCAAGAUUGUUGGCCAAUUUGUGGAAUCAUUAUAUAUAAAUACUAACAGUUGUUAUAGAAAAAUUAUAUUUGUUACGUAUUUUAAUACAGAACAUAAUGAUGAAGAUAACGAGUGAAUCCCCACCGUCGUAUAUACAAAAGGAAGAACUAGAUUCCCCACCUCAGUAUACAAAACCAAAAGAAUUAUUGCCGGGAUACAAACCAACCAUAGAGUUCUAUGGAUUAAGUCUAUUCAAGACAGAAUUUAUAACUCCUUAUAGCAGCAACGAGAGCAGUCGGAAAUGGAAGCCAGUAUUUCUCGAAUUAAAUUCCACCCAGUUAAACAUUUACAGUUUGAAUGUAAACAAUCGUCUUAAUGAUACUAUAAUAUAUCUAUUUAAUGAAAGAAAUAAGCUAGACCAUUUAUGGAAUCUGUAUCAAUCAUUUAAGGAAUUUUCAGGACUUGGCCAUGAUAGUGCAGAAAUGUUUGAUGGCUAUGAUGAUGAUGAGGGUAUAAAUCCUUUGAAGGAAUAUUCGCGUGGUGGAUCUACAUUGACUAAAUUAAAGUCUAUUCGGAAAAGCUUUAAACAUUCCAGCAGUUCCGAUUUAGAAAGUUUCUAUUCGACCAUAAGUGAUAACCAAUUUCUAUUUGAACCCACAGAUUCAAGUCUGGAAGAAACUUAUAAACAAUUUAAAUCAAAAUAUCAAGGCAAACUCAUACAUUCAUACACAUUACUGAAUCUUGGUAUAGGGAAAGCUCCAUCAUUUGAACAGUUGAUGAUUCAUAAAGAUGAUGCAGUUUUUCUUGAACAUUUUAAUUUUAAGAAAUAUCAAAACUUAAUUAAAUACAAGAAUACAUUGAGAUUGAGAAUAGAGUAUAAGCAAUUACUAUUACAAAUGUGGUCAUUUGAUGGUAUGUUGAAAUGGUUUAGACUGCUUACUGUUGGCAAAGAUUUGAGUACUCCAUUAGAAACAAGAUCUUCUUACGGAUUCAGAACGAUACCCCCAAGAUAUUUAAGUCUUUAUAAUGAAUUUAUGGCUGGUAACAUUGAGAACACUUGUCCUCAUCACCAAGAUCUGAUUGAACGUGAAGUAUUACGAAAUGGAGUGGAAUUAAAUUUAUAUAACCCUCAUAUGGCUGAUGAUAUGAUAGUUGCAAGUUCACAUAACUUGUGUCGCUGUUCUACAUCUUCAUCAUCGAGAUCUAGUGGGAUUGAUUCAUUAUUUGACAGGCGACAUUCGGUGAGUUCUAACAAUACUUCUGUUCAUUCAUUACCUGUAUCAGAAGAAGAUACUAAAUUGUCACAGUUAUCAUUAUCUGUAUGUUCCUUGAGCAAUAAUCUAGCCAAGAAAACACAUAUUCUUAUAAAUAAUUACGAAUUCACUUGCUACGAUGGUCUCUACAGUAACAUGGAAAAGAACUACAUUAUCAAUUGUAUACCUGAUCUUAAUUCAUAUGAUAGAUGGGAGGGACGUAAAGUAACUCUCAGUAACUUUAAGGUUCUAGGAGCCAACCAUUAUCAGCCCAUUGAUACUGAUGUUUUUAUAUCUUAUAAUUCACUAGCAGAUCUUGUGCAUUCGUACGAUAAAAGCGUGACUAAACUGCAUUCGCAUACUAAUACUAAUACUAAUACUAAUACAAGCACAAGCACGCGUCCAACCAAACAGGCCAGUGAUUGUCGAACAUUCCUUAUUCAUGCUACGGGUUUAGUGGGAUUAGCGGCUACAUGACUAGAGUAGAGACUACAUAGUUACAUAUAUACAUUGUAGAUAUAUUCAUUGUACAUAUACUGUAUAGGAGAUACAUGGCAGAUAUAUGACGUUGUAGAAUAGAAAAUAAUAAUAAUAAUUUUUUUGAUCC